CUCGUCCUGCAGGCCACCCCGCACCGCGACAUCAGCCGCCGCAUGGCCUCCUUCCGCUUCGAGCUGCGCGAGGACUGGCGUCCAGAGCUGCCUCCGCAGGCCCACACUCUGGGCGCGGAUGGUGCCUGCGGGCCCUGUAAUGACACCGUCCUCCUGGCCUUGUGCACUGGCGACUUUGUGAUCCAGGGGACCCUGCACAGGAUUGCCCAUGACACAGAGCUGCAGUCUGUUGUCACUGUGGCAGCUGUCCGUGUCUGCCAGACACUGCCGCUGUUCCAGGCGGGGGGCUCUGGGGGCCCGGUACAGGCCUCCAUUUGCACCCCACUGCGCUGUGGUGUCCGCCCUGGCACUUUGCUUUUUGUGGGCUGGAGCCAUUUUGGUGAGGCCUGGCUUGGCUGUGCACCCCACUUCCAGGAAUUCAGCCGUGCCUAUGCAGCUGCCCAUACCAACCACCUCUGCCCCUUUGAGGUGGUGCCAGACUGAGGGGAAUGGGAGGAGGGCUCUGGAGAGAGGCCACGAGGAGGGUGGAGGGGGAGAUCUCCAAAGGGCGUCACAGUACCAACUGCUUCUGAGGGAGUGGCAAUAACCAAUAAGAAUACGGACUUCAGUAGUCAAUGCAGGUCGAGUGUCUGGUACCUGAGCCCAGCCUCCUUUACACUGCGGGAGACUGAGGGCAGUGGUGUCUUGUCUGAGGCCAUCCAGCUAGGGAGUGGGGCAGUGGCCCACGCCCAUGCCCAUGCCCUGGAGCGGGGGUGCUGCUGGGUGGGGCCUGCAUGGACUCUCCGCCCACAUGAGCUUCGGCUCUGCUGCUCCUGCCUCCACUGUCAGGUGCUCCCAAGGCUCAGAGCGGGAGUGGCAGGUUGCGUCCCUUGGGGCAGGAAGGUCAACAUCACUCCCAGCCUGGGAGGAAGGGGGCUGCACUUUGACUGGGUGCCUACUUCUCUGUGGUUCCACGGGAGCCCAGCAGUCCCUGGCUGCCUCCUGCCCUCAGGCCCCUGCAACUGGCUGAGCAGCUUGGUGUGGUGUAGAGCCCAUGGGAUCCUUGUGGGGUCCUGCUUGUUGCUGUUCCUCUAAGGAGCAUUUCCCACCAC